CCCGAGGAGGGCUGGCGGGGGCCUUAUAUAGCGCGGGGGCGGAUGGCGGACGCAGAUUGGGGACCCUGAGAGGGGCGGUCGUUCUUGGUGUGCGAUCGCGCAUCGCCGCAUCUGGCGUGCGGCCAGGACAGGAAAAGGAAAAGGAGGCCUGGCUUGGGCCUGGCAGAGCGAGCACAGGCGCGGGCAACUGAUCCUGAUGGGCUCUUCCGACUGCACGCGCCGCCUUCCCCAGAUCGCGAUCCCAGAUACAUAUCGUCUCCAGAACACCGGCCAUGACACCUCCCACCGCGCCUACGCCAGUGGGAGUUGCCAGCGACUGCUCCGAAGCAGCUGCAGUCCGCCCACGAGCUCUUCUCCGCCCGCUCCAUUCCCACUCGCCGCCUUCCCACUGCCAGCCCACGCAGCAGCUAUGCCUUCUGCGCCCGUGCAUGGCACGUCCUUUUGUCAUGCAUCGCCGUCCAGCGGUGAUCUCGCGACGCGCUGCGUUGCCUGGCACAUCCAUCUGCCUCCGGCCUGCCAAUCACGCCUCCGAUUACAGAGCGUGUGCCCGGAUGCAUCUCAUCGACGCCGCGUCUCCCUCGCCCCGGGGCCCCCCUUGCCGCAUCCGCACGCACUCUGUGUACGUACCCCAGGGCUGCCCAGGGCGAUGCGGGUCUCCGCGACCAGCCAAAUCCUGGCACCUGCGCGGACUGCAGCGAGACACCAUCCUACUCGCGCGCUCGCAGAUGUCAGUGGCUGCAGCCGGCCAUCAGGCUUCCGGUUUGGGCAGAAACUGUCAUGCAGGCCACCGCCGAGGCCUGUCAGUUGCGGUGGGGCGACCCUGCAGGAGAGCGUGAGCGUCGCGGGGGCAGUUGUACGUGUCACGCCCAUGACAUGCCGUACGUCGUCUCGUCUCUUGACAGCCCCGUCUUCUUCGCAGGAUCCGAGUAUGGGCUGUCUGCGGGGCGCUGCAGCGAUCGGCCCGCACGCCCUUCGAUCUCUGCUCCUCGCCGCAUUGGGCCACUGAUGGGAUCCGGCGGCCGCGCGCCUCGGAACACCCGUCCUCCAACCUCGCCACCCGUCACGAGCGGGCACUCGCCGCCCUCCAGCCGCCUUCGCACGGGGAGCCCGCCGCGGCGCAGCCCAGAUCACGACGUGCCGUCAGC